CAUUUCGCAGUACUUACGGUUACUACUGUAUCUAUCACAACAUCCCCAACCCCCUUCUCUGAAAAAACUAGGGUUUCCCACUUGUAAAAACACACGCUCACUCCUUUCAAUUACACACACAUCUCAAUUACACUCGAUCUCAGACGUCAAUUCAAUCUAACAAUUCUUCAAUUUGCGAUCCGAUCUGUGUGGAAUGAACUCGCGAGGUAGAUACCCGCCGGGAAUCGGCGGCGCCGGCGGCGGAAACCCUAAUUAUCAGCCACGGAACCCCAACCCUAACCAGCAGUAUGUACAGAGGAACUAUAUGCAGAAUCAGCAGCAGUUUGCGCAACAGCCGCAGCAGAACACGCAGCAGCAAUGGCUGAGGAGGGGCCAAAUUGGAGGCGAUUCGGGAGCCGAGGAGGUCGAGAAGACGGUGCAGUCGGAAGCGGCUGAUACGAGCUCAAACGAUUGGAAGGCCCGAUUAAAGCUUCCACCGCAGGACACUCGGUACAGGACAGAGGAUGUAACAGCAACUAAAGGAAAUGAAUUUGAAGACUAUUUUCUGAAACGCGAGCUGCUUAUGGGGAUCUAUGAGAAGGGUUUUGAAAAGCCCUCUCCAAUUCAGGAGGAAAGUAUACCCAUUGCUUUGACUGGCAGUGAUAUUCUUGCUAGAGCUAAAAAUGGUACUGGCAAAACUGCUGCUUUUUGCAUUCCUGCAUUGGAAAAGAUUGAUCAAGACAAUAAUGUGAUUCAAGUUGUUAUACUUGUUCCUACCCGAGAAUUGGCUCUUCAGACUUCACAAGUCUGUAAAGAGCUUGGAAAACACUUAAAUAUUGAAGUCAUGGUUACAACUGGUGGAACUAGCUUAAAAGAUGAUAUCAUGCGUUUAUAUCAGCCAGUCCAUUUACUAGUUGGUACUCCUGGAAGAAUACUAGAUCUUGCAAAGAAGGGUAUUUGCAACUUGCAGAAUUGUGCAAUGCUUGUUAUGGAUGAGGCCGAUAAGCUCUUGUCCCCGGAGUUCCAACCUUCCAUAGAACACCUCAUUAGCUUUUUGCCUACAAAUCGUCAGAUUUUGAUGUUUUCAGCUACAUUUCCGGUGACAGUCAAGGAUUUCAAAGAUAGAUAUUUACAGAAGCCCUAUGUUAUCAACCUUAUGGAUGAGCUUACUCUGAAGGGAAUAACACAAUUUUAUGCUUUUGUUGAAGAAAGGCAGAAAAUACACUGCCUCAACACUCUCUUUUCGAAGCUUCAAAUCAACCAGUCGAUCAUAUUCUGCAAUUCUGUGAACCGUGUGGAGCUUCUGGCCAAGAAAAUUACAGAGCUAGGUUAUUCAUGCUUCUACAUUCAUGCAAAGAUGCUUCAGGACCACCGGAACAGAGUAUUUCAUGAUUUUCGCAAUGGUGCAUGCAGGAAUCUUGUCUGCACUGAUCUUUUUACAAGAGGGAUAGAUAUUCAAGCUGUCAAUGUUGUCAUAAAUUUUGAUUUCCCGAAAAGCGCUGAAACUUAUCUCCACAGGGUUGGUCGAUCUGGGAGAUUUGGACACCUUGGUUUGGCAGUGAAUCUGAUCACUUACGAAGACCGCUUUAACUUGUAUAGAAUUGAACAAGAACUUGGGACAGAGAUAAAGCAAAUUCCCCCACAUAUAGAUCAGGCAAUAUACUGCCAGUGAUCUGCCGUAGACCACCAUGCUUCUUUUGCAAGACUGGGAAUUUGGUGUGUGAUGGCACAGUUCAGCAGAUGUAUUAAACUCCUUUCAUGUUUUAAUUGUGAGCUUAACCUUUUUAUUUUGCACACAAAGGUCUAAGUAAAAGAUCCACAAUUGCAACCAUGUUUGUCAUGGUUGGGUCUUGUAGUCUUUCUCUUUCGAUUCUGUUUUUCACAGUCUAGGGUUGUGUUAUUAUCACCAUCUGGCCUUUAUUUGCCUUGUGUUGAUGCCAGCGCCUUUGAAAUCAAUAGAUAACUCCAGAUAUGUAGAAAGCUGGAGAAAUUCUAGGCAUCUGUACUUAAGGCUUUUCAUGGAACAACUGCAGAUUUCGAUCUGCCAAAUAAAUUGUGAUUUUUAGACUUCAACAAUCUCUGGACAAACUGGGAUUGGGAAAAUGAAAGCAGACAUUUCUCA